CUUCUAUUCUUCUCCCUAAUUCCUACGAGUCUCUGUGUUCGAUUUCCGACAAAGAAAAACCCUAAAUCCAUAUAUAUAUAUCCACUCUGUCCUCCCAUCGAAGCUUGUUUUGGGCAGGAGUUAAUUGUAUACAGAGCCGGCUUAGAGCAAGUGCAACAUGAGCAACAGAACAGGGCCCCCAAAUUUUGGGGCCCUACUUCAAGUUCUAAGAAGCUUUAACACAUAUAGAGAAGGGCCUCACUGCAUAAUCUAGUUGUUGUUCAGGAUGGCAUUGCAAGAAAGCUUAGAUAGAUUCAAGAAGCAGCAAGAGAAGUGCCAGUCGACCCUGACCAGCAUUGCCUCUAAAAAGGCCGCAGCAAACCCCAGAGCUGUUCCCAUAGCAGCUGCUAGGGCUCCUGCUCCACCUAUUAAAUUUUCAAAUGAUACAGAGAGACUCCAACACAUUAAUAGCAUACGGAAAGGCCCAGUUGGAGCUCAGAUCAAGCGUGUUAUAGACCUGCUUCUAGAGACAAGGCAGGCCUUUACUCCAGAGCUAAUCAAUGAACAAUGUUUUGUUGAUGUGAAUGCCAACAAAGCUGUCUUUGACAGUCUGAGGAAUAACCCAAAAGUUCAUUAUGAUGGGAAGCGCUUUUCUUAUAAGUCCAAGCAUGCUCUGAAGGACAAAAAUCAACUCCGGUCCUUAAUACGGAAAUUUUCAGAGGGCAUACCUGUCAUUGAUCUGAAGGAUUCAUACCCAACAGUGAUGGAGGAUUUGCAGGCUUUGAAAGCUGCGGGUGACAUAUGGCUACUUUCGAACUUUGAUUCACAAGAGGACAUUGCUUAUCCAAAUGACCCCAGGUUGCCUUCUACUAAGGUGGAUGAUGAGCUUAAACUUUUCUUCAGGGGGAUUGAACUGCCUCGUGAUAUGCUGGACAUAGAGAGGGAUCUUCAGAAGAAUGGUAUGAAGCCGGCCACAGACACUGCAAAGAGGAGGGCUGUUGCCCAGAGUCAAGGCAUUCAAGCCAAAUCCAAGCCCAAGAAGAAGAAGAAUGAGAUCAGCAAGAGGACCAAGUUGACCAAUGCCCAUCUUCCAGAGCUUUUCAAGGAUUUGAAAGGCUAGCUGAAGCCAUUACUGCUGAUGGCUGACGGUCCUGUGCUGAGAUACAAUUAUCCAACUUGUUGUUGCAAGAAUUACGCUAAUAGGAACUGUAAAUUUUGGAUCAUAGCAUUUACAAUCUCCACAGGAUUUCAUAUUACGUAUGCCUACAUCAUGUAACGCACUCUUAUUUGACGUUUGACUUUCUCAAAGAUAAAAUAAAGACAAGACAAAAGGUGGUGUUGUUUAUGUUGAAAUUGGCGUUUCGUAUUUCCUGUAUGGCAGAAAUGAUGUUCAUUAAGGAAAAUCAAGAAGUGGCAGUGUCAGCUGAGAGGUUUGCUUUA